CAUCCGACGUAUCAAAUAAACUGCCUAGUCAAGAUGAAGUCAAGCAAAUAUUCAACGAAAUAAAAGACAAAAUAAAUGUUGUGUUCGAUGAAAUAAAAGAAAAAGCAUCCGACGUAUCAAAUAAACUGCCUAGUCAAGAUGAAGUCAAGCAAAAAUUCAACGAAAUAUUCAAUGAAAUAAGAGACAAAAUAAAUGUUGUGUUCGAUGAAAUAAAAGAAAAAGCGUCCGACGUAUUAAAUAAUCUAUUCAGUCAAGUCAAGCAAAAAUUCAACGAAAUAAAAGAGAAUUUCCCUUCGUUGAGCGAAAUCAAAGAAAAAAUAACCGAAUGCUGGGAUCGUACCGAUAAUUUCGUAACUGAACACGAUAUACUUAGUUCCCUAGCAAUCAGCGCCGCUUCUGUAGUAGCUGCGAAAACCACUUUUUUCUCUGUACUCUCAAGUUUAGGAUUUACCUCUAAUGGAGUAGCGACUGGUAGUGUCGCAAGUUCUUGGAUGAGCACGUUUCUUGGAUCUGUGCCGGCUGAGAGUCUCUUUGCUUCGUUACAAAGCGCUGGAGCUACAGGCGCGGUAGGAUUAAUUGGUGGAUCUGUUUUGGUUGGUGUAGUUGUGAUUGUUUUUGCUGGUAGCUAUUUAGCACUUAAUAGUUGA